GGUAAUAGGGCCACUUCCGGUUUAAGAAAAGUUGAAAAGUCGAGGAGAUUCGUAAUAUUCUGUCGAUCAUAAGCAUGGCUGAGGAGUUGGUAACAGAUUCUGUGAAGGAUUACUAUGGAAAAGUGCUAUCAAAGACGGAUGACUUAAAGACAAAUGCCUGUGUUUCAAUAGAGGGCUCUGCAAAGAUCGCCAAGCAUAUCAGAAAAGCAAUUGCCCAAGUACAUGACGAAGUUGUCAUUAAAUACUAUGGUUGUGGUCUAUGUAUACCUACAACCUUAGAGGAUAUGUCCAUAUUGGAUCUGGGCUCAGGGUCAGGGAGAGACUGCUACAUUCUUAGCAAGCUUGUAGGAAAGAAUGGACAUGUUGUUGGAAUUGACAUGACAGAUGAACAGCUGGAAGUGGCUAAUAAAUACAUAGAUUACCACAGAGAAAAGUUUGGCUUUGCUAAGUCUAAUGUAGAGUUUGUAAAAGGCUACAUUGAAAAACUUGGAGAAGCUGGACUAAAGGACAACACAUUUGACAUCAUUGUCUCCAACUGUGUUAUUAACCUCUCCCCAGACAAGCAUGCAGUUAUAGCUGAGGCUUACAGAGUACUCAAGGAAGGUGGAGAGCUCUAUUUCAGUGAUGUUUAUGCAGAUAGGGAACUAUCUGAUGACAUUAGAAAACAUAAAGUUUUAUGGGGAGAAUGCAUAGCUGGCGCCCUCUAUUGGAAGGAUUUUGUUGACAUUUCAAAGAAAGUGGGCUUCAGUCGGCCAAGACUUGUAGAAGCUGGAAUUAUAGAAGUUACGAAGCCAGAGCUUAAAGAAGUGCUAGGGGAUGCCAAGUUUGUGUCAGUCACUUACCGUAUGUUUAAACUCCCCAAGACUGAGAAGCCAGCAUCACAAGUGAUUUAUGAAGGAAACAUAGAAGACUCUGAAAAAGAAUUCAAGUUAGAUUACAACCAUAUAUUCUGUGCUGGUGACGUUGUAUCAGUAGACAGUGAUAUCUCUACUAUACUACAAUGCAGUCGUCUUGCAGAUGAGUUCACAUUCCAACCCAGUGCAGUAAAAGGUGGAGCUAGCUGUUCCCCAAAAGAGGAGGAUAUAGUUGAUCCAUUUGAGUACCUGGCUAAGGGAGGACCCUCAAAAGGUGCCUGUUGCGCUCCAUCAGAUAAUUCUAAAGGAGGGUGCUGCUAGGAACGUCUGUAACACUGAAGACAUUAUUAGACCAGAUACAUUUUUACGUCACCGCCGCAAGUGAUGACAUAUUGUUAUAGU